CUUUGUUUCUCAAAAAAAAAAAAAAAAAAAAAAAAAAAAGAAGUCUCUUCCUUCACUUUACCAAUUUCCUAGUUCAUAGUUUUAUACACUGGUUUUCCAUUGUUUCUUACUUUUCUCCCAUGAAGCUACUGUUCCACUUCAACUUUAUGGAACCCCCACAUGAAAUGGACGGCUGAGAUCACGCCCACAUAGCUCUGCAAUUAGUCUCCGGCCAUCCACUUUUUCUUUCUCAGCUUGAUUUGUUGAGAGAGUUUAUUGGGUAAUGGAGUCCUGUGAUUGCAUUGACACACAAUGGCAUGAUGAACUUCUGGUGAAAUAUCAGUAUAUCUCAGAUUUCUUAAUCGCCAUAGCAUAUUUCUCCAUACCCCUGGAGCUUAUUUAUUUUGUUCAAAAAUCUGCUUUCUUCCCAUAUAGAUGGGUGCUUAUGCAGUUUGGUGCUUUUAUUGUUCUUUGUGGAGCUACCCACUUCAUAAGUUUGUGGACGUUCUCUAUGCACUCUAAAGCAGUUGCUGUUGUAAUGACAGUUGCAAAAAUUGCUUGUGCUAUUGUAUCAUGUGCAACUGCAUUAAUGCUUGUUCACAUCAUUCCUGAUCUGUUGAGUGUCAAAACUCGGGAACUAUUUCUAAAGAACAAGGCUGAAGAACUUGACAGGGAGAUGGGGCUUAUUCUUACACAAGAAGAGACUGGAAGGCAUGUUAGGAUGUUGACUCAUGAAAUUAGAAGCACGCUUGAUAGACAUACUAUAUUGAGAACCACACUUGUUGAGUUAGGUAGGACUUUAGCCCUAGAAGAAUGUGUGUUGUGGAUGCCGUCACGAACUGGAAUGAAUCUGCAACUUUCUCAUACCCUAAACCACCAAAUACAAGUUGGGUCCACCGUGCCACUAAACCAUUCUAUAGUCAAUGAUGUUUUCAAUAAUGCUCGAGCAAUACGCAUACCAUACAACUGCCCUCUGGCUAGGAUCAGACCUCUUGUAGGAAGAUAUGUGCCACCUGAUGUUGUUGCUGUGCGCGUACCUCUUUUAGAUCUCUCGAAUUUCCAGAUUAAUGAUUGGUCUGAUCUCUCUGCUAAGAGCUAUGCAAUCAUGGUUUUAAUUCUCCCUACGGAUGGUGCUAGAAAGUGGCGAGACCAUGAAUUGGAACUUGUUGAUGUUGUAGCAGAUCAGGUAGCUGUUGCUCUUUCACAUGCUGCUAUUCUUGAAGAGUCUAUGCGGGCCCGUGAUCAGCUCAUGGAGCAGAAUGUUGCUUUAGAUUUAGCUCGACGAGAAGCAGAGAGGGCUAUCCACGCUCGCAAUGAUUUCCUUGCAGUCAUGAAUCAUGAAAUGAGGACACCAAUGCACGCAAUGAUUUCAUUGUCUUCUCUUCUUUUAGAGACUGAGCUAAGUCCAGAACAAAGGGUUGUGAUAGAGACAGUACUAAAGAGUAGCAACCUUUUGGCAACACUUAUUAAUGAUGUUCUAGAUCUUUCUAGACUUGAAGAUGGAAGCCUAGAAUUAGAACGUGGAACAUUCAACCUUCAUGAAGUUUUCAGAGAGAUCAUGAAUUUGAUAAAGCCUAUAGCAUCUGUGAAGAAGUUAUCCAUGACUUUGCUUAUCUCCCCGGAUUUACCUGUAUGUGCUGUUGGUGAUGAGAGACGGCUUAUGCAAACUGUUUUAAAUGUUGCCGGUAAUGCGCUGAAGUUUACUAAGGAGGGUUAUGUUUCAAUUAUAGCAUCUAUUGCAAAACCAGAGUCCUUUAGAGAUUGCCGGCCCCCUGAAUUUUAUCCUGUAUCAAGUGAUGGUCACUUCUUCCUACGAGUACAGGUUAAGGACUCUGGUUGUGGUAUUCUCCCACAAGAUAUUCCACAUCUAUUUACCAGAUUUACUCAGUUUCGAAGUGGAUCCAAUCAAAUGAAUCGUGGCGCAGGACUUGGACUUGCCAUUUGUAAACGGUUUGUAAAUCUCAUGGAAGGUAAUAUUUGGAUAGAGAGUGAGGGCCCUGAUAAAGGGAGCAUUGCCACAUUCAUUGUCAAACUUGGGAUUUGUGAAGGCCCAAAUGAUUCAGUCGUGCGCCAGGUUGCACCCAAAGGUUAUGCUCAUAACAGAAGUGCAGAUCUCACUGGACAUAAACCUGUAUUUAGAGAUAUUGUUGAUAUAGCUUCUUCACAUUCCCGUUAUCAAAGAAGUUUUUAGAUGCUAAGGCCUAAGGGAUGCAGCAUAUUUUUCGUUUUGAUAUUAAUCGGGGUUGGGAGCAAUGGCGCUGAUAGAAUCUCAAAUAGCCUAGAGAUGCGAUUUUAGCUUGAUAAUAACUUGCUAGGUUGCUUAAUAUGGAACUGAAGAAUAGGAUCAUUAUUACUUGUAUUUCUUAUAGAUAUUAUAUAUGGUCAUUAUAUAUGUUGAAAUUUAAUUUGGUGUUGUAUGGAAAGGCCCAGUCAGAGACCAUGAUCAUCAAUGAAAUUAUUCCAGAAUAAAGUAGUAUAAUUUUGAGCUAUGAGGGUUAAUAUUGUAUUCUGGCUGAUGGAGAAACGGAAAUUACAUGUAUUAUACACUAUUACCUGCCUGAUGUAAUGUGGUUUACUUGGAUAAAGAUUUGUAAUUUU